AUGAUUCAUACCUUCAACAGCCGAGGAAUCGCCAUUGAUUAUUCACGUGAAGGACCCGUCAAGUCUGACUUAAGUUACUUCUCAGCGCUGGAAAUCAUCUCCAAAAACAUGAUCGUCACGGACAUUCACAUACAGCGGUGUCUCCGGGGAUUUUCGUGUGAUGGCCCUCCAGCACGCAGUGAACUGACCUUCUGGGAGAAGUCACUCACUAAAUUGAACUUGUUUCCCGAUGAUUUCCAAUUGUUCGACUACUACAUGUACGUGGAAAAAAGCCCAACGGUGGAGUCGGACCGGUUCGUCAUUGACAUCACGUUCACACUGACAGAGCAGCAACCUGAGUCGAAUAUCAAAAACUCCAAAUUUCUAAAGUACAAAAUAUCUCCCUCUGGUUAUAUUUGGAUUCAAUACAUAGAAGUACUCGACUUCAAGAUCCCUGUUGUUCGCGAAGUCAACGUCUUUUACGGGAAAGAGGAUAUGAAGGAUUCCCGGAAACACUGGGAGUUCGAACCAAGCAGGAUUCCUAUUCCUGGGAAGUUUCUGAUCCACGCAAAAAUAUCGAUGUUGAAGGUUUCAGUGGUUGAUGAGAUUGUCAUUUUGAAAAGUGAGCAAGAUUUUGAUUCCAUCUUGAAGAAGAAUGAGAUGCUCGUCACAACGACACCCAAGUUCAAAAUAAUACAAUUGAGUGAUAUGCACAUUGGGCAAGAUACUGGCGCAUGCUACGAUGAUUGCAAAUUUGAUAUUGAUACUCUCGAAUUCGUCAAAUCUGCGAUACAACAAGAAGGCGACGUCCAACUCAUCGUCAUUACAGGCGACAUGAUCGAUGUCUCACGAACCACGCAUUAUGGAUCUGUGGUUUUGAAAGCCUUGUCUCCCGUGUUGGAGUCAGGGAUUCCUUUCAUUUUCACAUUCGGAGAUUCGGAUUAUAGGCGCACGGGUCAUGUCAACAAGAUCGAAAUCUUGAAUUUCAUUGCCAGUCUUCCUGGGUGCUAUAACAAAAAAUACGAUGACCUAGACCACAGGCUACACGGAUUGUCCAACGGGAAUUUGAAGAUCUACAAUGCACAAUCGACGUCAGAGGAUGGACAAAUCGAUUUGCAAAAUCUUCCGUUGAAACCCGCCAACGCUCUUGUUACCUACCUAGACUCGGAAGGUAAAAUGGUAAAAGACUCGCAGGCCAAUUACGUGUACCGUGUCAACCAUAAACAAAGUUCUGAUACUGAGCAUAAGCUUCUCUUUCUUCACUACCCACUCCCGAACUUUCGUCCUAAAGGAACCGUGAAGUUGAUCGGUUCAUACAAUGAGAAACAUGAAUUGGUAACCGAAACCGACAAAAAAUUUCUAGAAGACAUCAAGGCUAGUGGCUACAAAGCUGUUGCUGUGGGCCAUGAACACGAAAACGAUGCGUGUAUCUGGGAGGAGACUGGCGGGGCAAAAGUGCUUCUAUGUUACUCCGGUGUAACAGGAGAAUCUGGAUUGACGCGGCUUGACCCGGGCUACAAGCGUCGUCUACGGGUGUUCGAAUUUGAUUUCGAGAAAAACAAAAUAUAUGGCUGGAAGCGUGAUCAAGAGAAGUCAAUUGAUCCGCAAGAGAUCUGGUCAGGGGAGGCUGCAGGUUAA